AUGACAUCCUCGGCUUUUGUUAGAUACGGUCUCCAACCAACUAGCAUUAAUGUGGAUCCCGUCAUGCUGCCCACGUUCCUCACUUCCAGCCAAGUAUUCAAAGUCAAGGACAAAGAUACAGUCGUACUACCGUGUGAGGUGUCAAAUCCAGAAUUUAAGGACAGAACUAAAAAGCAAAAUGCAUUACAAAAAUUGGCCGAUUUAUUUAAUACGUCUACAGCGGAAAUUCAAAGGAAGCUACAUGAUUUGAGAACGCAAGUUAACCAAGAGUGGAGAAAGAUUCAAAAAAGGAAAAGUGCUUGGGAGUUCUUUGACUCAUUAAAGUUUAUAAUUGACGCAAAUAUACAGAAUGCUACGGAAGAUAAUCUGGUUCCAACAGCAAAUGCUUCACAAACAGAACCGCAACAUUCAUUAAUAGAUAGAGAAAACGUAACUCAAGAAUCGCCAAAGAUAGAACGAAAUGGCUCAAAAAGGCUGUAAAAAAAGGAGUUAGGAAACUGAGGAUGACGCUACUUUAGCUAAAGCUAUUAAAGUUAGGGAACGGCCUGUAGAUGACUUUCAAAUAUUUGGAGAUUAUGUAGCAUCAAAGCUCCGUUCCCUACAAACAAAACGGAAACGAAUGAUACAAAGAGAUAUUUUGUUUUAGAGUUAUCUGAUCAGGAAGAAACUCGUUCCUUAUCAACAACACCGGUUUCGAUCCCGCUUGUAUCUCCAGUAUAUGACACAAGUAGCUCAAAUUCACAGUCUUUUCAUACAUUGCAGUCAUACAAUUAUACCUAUUCUGAUCAACUUCAACCAGCACCUCGUGAAUUGCCGCACAACACUGGGGAUCAAUCCUUGCGAUUAUACUUACAGGAAUUCGAUACAAGUGCUUAAGAUAGUGAUAGUAGUCACCUAAAAAGA